AUGACCUCAACUCAACCCGGAAAUAUCGUUUUGGAGAACGAAUUGAAGAAGAAAGUCCUCUCUCACGCACGCGCUGUGUUCAUCGACCAAGUCCGCCCCGGCACUGUAUUCGAAGUCGUGACCACUAAGAUCGAUCUCAUUAACGAGGGUCAAAGAUACAAAGGCUUUGUCUUACAUGUCAUCGCGCUGGAUGAGUUGUCGCAAUCACAGAAAUGGCAAGUCGUUAUGCGUGCUGACAGGAAGUCUACUGAGAAGGAAAGCUUGGAGGAACUUAUGAGGAAACUGCAAACGAGGCUUUCGGAUAUGAUAACGAUGACCCAGUCUGCGACUAUUGCCAUUGCUCAGUCUGCGUCUACUGAGGUGAGAGCCAUGAACAAGUAUGAGACCAUCAUAUGGGAGAAGGAGAUGAAGGAACAGAUAUUGUGUCACGCCCACGCACUCUGCGCCGAAGGUUACCCUCAUGGUUUGGUCUUCAAGGUCAUCCAAGCCAAUACUAUGAGAGAGGACAUCACUCUUUUCGACACUCAUCUUGUCGUCUACAAGUGCCCUUCUAGGGUGGAAAAGUGGGAGUUAGUUCACUCGAUCGAUGAGAUGGCGACUGUCGAGGAAGGCUUGGACGCUCUCUUGGAAAAGCUUAGAAUCCGCCUGACUCUCAAGAUCCGUAAGCGCCGCACCCAAAAAACUCAAGUGUAA